AUGACCGCUUGGUUGGCACAGGCGGUGGUGAUUUGGGCGUUCGUUAGCAUCACCCAUGCUGCAACUCCGGAGCAAUGGAGGUCCAGAUCGAUAUAUCAACUGCUGACCGAUCGGUACGCGAGGGCUGAUAGGAGUACGACUGCUGCGUGCAAUGUCGCUGAUGGGAAUUACUGUGGCGGAUCAUGGCGAGGAAUCAUUGAGCAGCUCGACUACAUCCAAAACAUGGGCUUCACAGCCAUCUGGAUUUCCCCAGUAACUUACAACCUCCCAGAGCGAACCAAAUUCGGUUACGCAUACCAUGGAUACUGGCAACAAGACCUUUAUCGCCUCAACAGCAAUUUUGGAACCGCAGACGAUCUCAAGGCUCUGAGUGUGGCUUUACAUGAUCGCGAUAUGGCAAACAUAGUUGUGAAUCAUAACGGGUGGAAUGGGACCGCGGAAUCAGUCGAUUACUCCCGUUUUCAUCCAUUCGACCAGAAGGAGCACUUCCACGACUACUGUACUAUCAGCAAUUACAGCGAUCAAGCGAUGGUGGAAGGAUGCUGGCUAGGCGAUGUAGACGUUGAGCUCCCGGACCUCAAUACUGAACAUCCGUUCGUCCUGAAUGAGUACCGAAGUUGGAUCAAGCAGCUAGUGUCGAACUAUUCCAUUGACGGCAUCCGCCUUGACACGGCAAAACACGUUGGAAGAGAUUUCUGGUCAUCGUUUCAAGAAGCAGCCGGCAUCUUCAGCACGGGAGAAGUGUUAAGCGGUAACCCGGUAUACGUAUGUGAAUAUCAGAACACCAUGCACAGCAUUCUGAACUACCCGCUGUACUAUCCAAUGAUGUUGUUUCUCAACUCCACCAAGGGCACAUCCACACCUUUAGUCAAAGCCAUCGACAUAUUGCGCUCCGCCUGUAAAGACGUUACACUGCUGACCACUUUCUCCGAGAACCACGAUCUUCCUCGUUUCGCAUCACAAACGCAAGACCUCUCUCUCGCGAAGAAUGUCAUAGCCUUGACGAUACUCUGGGAUGGUAUCCCUAUCAUCUAUGCCGGCCAAGAGCAGCAUUAUGCUGGGUACGGAGAUCCCGGCAACCGGGAGGCGACAUGGCUGGCCAAAUAUUCGCGAGAAGGGGACCUCUACAACAUCGUUGCUGCGUUGAAUCAAGCGCGAAAUCGGGCACUGUCUGUCGAUCCUGCUUACCUGGCAUACAACAUCCACGCAAUCUACAACUCAAGUGAAGUAAUUGCCCUUCGUAAGGGACAUGCUCCAAAUCAGAUCGUUUCCAUAUAUACGAGCGCGGGAAUGGGUACAGGAUCUUCAAUCCUCCACAUUGGAGAAACAGGCUGGCCUGUGGACACUGAGGUGGUGGAGCUGAUCACUUGUCAGAGUGCUAUUGUUUCUAGUGACGGAAAAUUACCAGUCGCCAUGAAAGAUGGAUUACCAAGAGUAUACAUGUCUUCAAACGCAAUCGGUGGGAGCGGGAUUUGCGGCAUGAAUGGUACGAACAACAAUGCUUCAGGCACAACGGUCAACAAUGGAUUUGAGACUAUGCCGAAUGAGUCGAAAAGCAGUCCUGCAGCGGGACAUGCAAAGUCGAUUGAAAGAAUAUUCUUACUGGUCGUGGCUGCUGCUGUCGCUGCGGUCUCAACGAUCUGGUGAAGCUUGAUUUCCAUUGGCAUAUUUCACCAUCUCGAGCAACAUUUAGCAGCACGUUUGGAUUAGAGACAUUGCGAUGGUUACCGACAUAGGAUGAACCCCACCGUUCAGACGUUAAUGCUAGUACAACACUUCGCCUUUACUAAACGUGUAGCCGCCAUCUCUUUGUAGAAUAAUACUCAAAGUCAGUGCUGUUACCAUGUUUGCGGCAAGGGGUUAAGUCUAGGUAGAAUGGGAGCAUAUCAAUUCAAAAUGACAAGGCCGGCAAAGCAAUAUUGAGGGCCAUUCGAACCAUGCCAUAUACAUUAUUGGUAUCGGUCUAUUUCUCUCUCUUUUCUUUUAUA